GUGGGCGGUCCAAUUCAAUUCAUAACAGCUAAUCUGAAACUCUAGACCUGUCCCGUCAGGCUGGACCGCGAAAUUCAAGCUUAGCUGGGCAGGCUUGACUGUUUCCAGUGGUUUAACCACCAACAGGGAUAUCUUCUAGCAAAAGAGAACGUAUAUAUUGAAUCACUGAUCAUGUUUUGUGACAGAGGCAGAAAGAACCCAAGUCAAGGCCGUCCUCUUAGGAAUCAAUGGACAUUGCCAAAUGCUGCCAGACAAUGUGGAAUAUGACAACUCUGAUUCUCGGCAAAAUCAAUGUUUACUGCAAUUUAUGAUUUAUCUUCUCCCAGGAAUUGAACCUCCCGGAUGUUUUCAACUAUAUAUACAUGAAUUUCUUCCCAGCCUUAGAAUCAUUUUGCCUAUAUAAAAGUGAUUCAUCUUGCGGAAGCAGGAAGAGCAAAUAAGUCAUGGAAAGUGAAUUACAUGAAGUGGUGAGCAACAAGCAGGUGAUUCUGCGGGACCUUGUCGAGUCAGGCUCCCUGAAGGAAUCACACAUGCUCCUGAUGACAGGAACUGCGAAAUUAAAGGUCCCUGAAGGCUCGGGAAACGUUGUCCUGCUGAAGAAUCUCUUCCUGUCCUGCAAUCCCUCGAUGGGCGUUCGAAUGAGGAACAUGAAAGUCGGCAAUUCCGCUCUCUUCUUCAAACCCGGUUUGCCAAUAUCGGGAUAUGGAGUGGCGAGAGUUUUGGAUUCGGGAAGCCCGAACUUCAAGAAAGGAGAUCUCGUCUGGGGAUUGACAACAUGGGAGGAGUACAGUCUGAUAAUUGCACCAGGAACCCUGUUCAAAAUUGAACAUGAUGAUAUUCCUCUUUCCUACUAUGCCGGUAUACUCGGUAUGCCGGGACUGACAGCUUAUGUCGGAUUCUUUGAGAUAUGCUCCCCUAAGAAAGGAGAGACAGUCUUCAUUUCAGCUGCUUCUGGAGCAGUCGGUCAGCUGGUGGGUCAGUUUGCCAAGUUGCUUGGUUGCUACGUCGUUGGGACCGCAGGCACCAAAGAGAAGGUCAAUCUGCUGAAGAGUAAGUUCGGGUUCGAUGAAGCUUUCAUCUAUAAAGAUGAACCCGACCUCGAUGCAGCCAUCAAGAGAUGCUUCCCGGAAGGUAUUGAUAUAUACUUGGAUAACGUCGGGGGAAGGAUGCUUGAUGCCGUGCUGCUUAACAUGAAGAUCCGGGGGAGGAUAGCUGCUUGCGGGAUGAUCUCACAGUACAAUCUCGACCAGCCCGAAGGUGUCCACAACUUGAUGAAGAUCAUCCAAAAACGGAUCCGAAUAGAGGGCUUCCUAACUACCGAUCACUUCCAUCUCUACCCGAAGUUUCUCGAGCUGGUCCUACCUCAGAUAAGAGAAGGAAAUAUUCAUUACCUCGAAGACAUCACCAAUGGGCUGGAGAGUGGCCCAGGAGCUCUGGUCAGGCUCUUCUCGGGACGCAAUAUUGGGAAACAGGUGGUGGCAGUGGCUCAUGAAUAGGAAACGGCAUUUUUCAUUUCAAGCAAUGGAUUUCCAGAACAAACCCUCGUGAUUGACUUAGAGGUGAUAGAGUUUCAUACAGCAGAAGAAAAUGAAAUAAGUUGCAGUACCGAGUGCAAGACUAUACACAAUGAAA